AUGGCAACUUGGUACAUACCCAAAUCAGCUGUUAGGUUUGGCGUAUUUGAGUUCCUCAGUAAUCAGAUGCGUGAUGAGUCAGGGCGUCUGGACAGUGGGCGGGGCCUGAUGUGUGGCCUGGGGGCAGGUGUCAUGGAGGCCGUGGUGGUCGUCUGCCCCAUGGAGACCGUAAAGGUUAAAUUCAUUCACGAUCAGUCAUCGGCCAACCCUAAGUACCACGGCUUCUUCCAUGGAGUGCGGGAGAUCAUCAGGACCCAGGGUAUCCGAGGAACAUACCAAGGUCUCACGGCAACUGUCCUCAAGCAGGGCUCCAAUCAGGCCAUACGAUUCUACGUCAUGACGUCACUCAAGAACUGGUACAAAGGUGAUAACCCAGACAAAGCCAUGCACCCCGUGAUCACGGGCACGUUCGGGGCCAUCGCUGGGGCUGCCAGUGUGUUUGGGAACACGCCUCUCGAUGUGAUCAAGACCAGGAUGCAGGGUCUGGAGGCUCAUAAAUAUAAGAGCACCCUGGACUGUGCAGUGCAGAUUAUGAGACACGAGGGACCCGCAGCUUUCUAUAAGGGCACAGUUCCUCGGCUUGGUCGAGUAUGUCUGGACGUGGCCAUAGUCUUCAUAAUCUACGAGGAGGUGGUCAAGGUCCUCAACAAAGUGUGGAAGACGGAGUAGUGAGGAGAGAGAAAGAGAGAGAGAGGGGGAGAGAGAGAAGAGGGUAGAAGAGGCUCGUCAUCCUGGCAAGUUCGAAGGGAUGUCAUCACUGUGCUAAAGGAUUCUAGAAGAUUCUCCAACUUAUUAAUGGAGGAAUAUUGUUGAAUAUAGAGGAAUACAUUGUUGGCACAGAGACCAACUGUCAAAAUCAUGUCACUAAAUUCCAUGACUCAUAUGACCCCUUCUCAUUGGUGCAUUUCCAGUGAUGCAUUUGCAUACAUGAAUGUCCAUUGGUCCAUCCUCUUGUACAUGUAAACACAUCUCUUAGUGCCUAUUGGUCCGUUCUCUGUGUUGUGCAUUUUAAGGUUAACAGAUUGUGGUCCUGAUGGUGUUACUAUGGUAAUGUGAUGUCAGGUGUGUAACUUGUGCCAAUGUUGCCCAGUGGCUGUAGCCUACAUGUUUGUUUUACUUUUAGCGGACCACACUAAUGUCACUUUGAAAGUCUAGAAGUGCACAGACGAACAUUUUAGUGUACGUUUCUUCAGAAGUGAUUGUAAAAAUGAGCAGAGAUGAAAUCAUAGAGAGAGUAUAUUUAGCAUAUUUAUUUAUGAUUGAUAAAGAGCAGAAAUACAAGUAAUUAUUCUUUCUUACAUUAUAUAAAUCAGCCUUUAAUUUUAAGUGUCUAUUUAGUAUGGGUGGGGAAAUGCUGUUAAAAUGUUUAAAUAUGCAAAUAUGAAAAGUAUUUAUCUGUCUGGCCUCAAGGCAAAGACCAAUUACUUUGCUGCUCAUGAGAUAUCCAGCAGCAACAACAACAACAACAACAGACACAAAUUCCUUAGACUGUGCCAAGUUGAGUAUGAGUGUAUGUGUGAGUGUGUGUGUGUGUAUGAGAGACGGAGAGGAAGAGAGAGAGAUAGUCUGUGUGUGUGUGUGUGUGUGUGUGUGUGUGUGUGUGUGUGUGAGUGAGAGAGAGAUGGAGAGGAAGAGAGAGAGAUAGUCUGUGUGUGUGUGUGUGUGUGUGUGUGUGUGCUGCAGGGUAUCUCAUUCCACUGAUGUGUUUACUUUCAGUGUAUUUUCCUUUGGUUGGGCUGCUGCUUUCUAGUUUUGGGGUUUUGGUACAGGCAUGCCAAAGGCCUCCAUAGGGGGCCUUAAGAGAAUCACUUGUGAUCCUUCUACAUUCAUGGGGGGUUUUGGUUAUCAUUGAUGCCCUUGUUUACGUUAUUAUGGGAUAUUUUUAAAAACAGAUUUUUUUUUUGGUUUUAAUAAACUAUAUUUUGUAUUGAUUUUCAGUAAUUCCUUACAUUUUCCACAUGUGCCUGAUUUAAGUUUGAAAUGUAACUAAAAACCUAAUUUAUCUUUUUAUCUAAUUGAUUUAUUUUUUAAUCAUGUGUGUGUCUACAGUGUGCAUAUGUGUGUGUGUGUGUGUGUGUGUGUGUGUGUGUGGGGCGUGGGUCUCUUGGUCUUAUUCAUUGCAGUGUGUGGUGCUGAGUGGCUCUCUGUUGUUGAUUAGUGAAAUGUUGUGUUCAAUCUGUCAUUUCAUACAGUCAGCAUCUCAAAUGACUAUGAUAAACAUCUCUUUCAGAAGAUAAUGUCUAAUGAUGGUGUCAUCUCAUUUUACCUGGAUGUUAGGAAGGAGAAUGAAGCUGUUGUAUGUGUGUGUGGGUGUGUGUGUGUGUGCCUAUGAGAGAGAGAGAGAGAGAGAGAGAGUGAAUGAGUGAGUGUGUGUGUCUGGUGUGUGUGUGUGUGUGUGUGUGUGUGUGUGUGUGUGUGUGUGUGUGUGUGUGUGUGUGUGUGUGUGUGUGUGUGUGUGUGUGUCUGGGCUGUGCCUCGUAAUCUGUGUUGGUGGAAUUGUCAAUAUUCUCUUCGUGCCACUGUUCUGUUGAGACAUGAUAGAGCGAUUUUAUUUUCUUAACUCAUCAAAUAAUAAAAUAACAAUGCAAUACA